AGAUGAGUCAGAAGAGAUGGCUUUGGUCAGUUUCGCGUGCUUUGCUAUAACCAAACAAACCUACAUGAGUCAGAUGACAGGUUUUUUUUUUGUGCUCGCUUAAAUUUGGGUAUCCGACUCAUUCACUUGCUUUCAGUUUAAAGAAGUGGUAGAAGUGAGACACAGCAUCAGUGGAAAUGAAAUACUCAUGAGAAAUUAUCGGAAUACCUAACCUACAAUAUUGGUGGAACUGAGAACGAGGACGAUGAAUAAGAUAAGGAAUAUUCAUUUUCAUAAAGGGUCUACAUCAGAAUAUUUUAGAGGACAAUUUGGUGUUAAUUUUUUGCAUAUUGGACAAAAAAGCAUUUCUAUGGACAACGUAUGUAGCCGAGCUGCUCCAAGCAGGAAACGAUGGGGUAAAGAAGAAACUUCUGAAAAUACAAAUUCUGAGUGCAAAAAGUCUGAGGAGCUGAUCGAAGAAAUCACCGGAAAAAGAUUUUCCUUGAAUAAGCUUUUUAAAAAAGGGAAAGAUAAAAAAGGGAAAGAUAAACGUAGUAGUCAAUCCACUUCUGCUUCCGUAUCAGAAGCUAGUGAAGAAAAUGUUCAAAAGGAGGAAAAGUAAAUAAUUCGUUACAAAAAAGUUUUAGUGUAGCGAAAUUUCAUGCAACGUGCUGUAAUGUAGAAAUUUUUACAAUAAAAUAUACAAAAAAGAUC